AAUUGUGCAAGGGUCUCGAGCAAGCAUCCGGGACGGAUACUGCUACCAGCGCCCUGUUUACAUUAUACCUGAGUUUGCAGCGUCGCAUAAACUACAUAUCCCAAGUCCAGCUGUCGCGUUAAAAGCGGUGGUACGGUUCAUAUGGCUGAAUACGAGCGCCGGAACCACGGCGGCCGUGGUGGUGGUGGUCGCAAGAGACGUUACAGAGACGAUGAUGAUUUCGACCGUCGUCAGCAGAGACGCAGAUAUGAGGAGCCCCUGGUUGCCAAAGUUCGGAGACAGUUAUUGACAAUUGCUGAAUCGGCCGCUAGAAGAGCUGAGGAUGAUGUCGCGAGCAUCGCGAAGAUGGUCACGGAGAACUUUGAAGAUGAAGAAGUGAAGAGCAGCUUCCUCGAACUUUCGAUUCAACUUGUUUUGGAACAACCAUUCAAGAUCCCGUUCGUCGCAGCAAUCAUCUUGGUUGCUAAUUCGAAGAAUUCCGCCCUGGCCACGGAAGUGCUCGAGAAGGCGCGUGAGGCGGCGCAGAAAUAUAUCAACAUUGGAGCUUGGCGUGAAGUCAAGCUGAUCCUGAGGUUUCUUGGUUGUCUCCAAGGUCUCUAUGAAGGAGACGGAGUUUUCCCCAUUCUGGAGGAAUUGUUCGCACGUGCCGUUGAUCUACAGACUGCUUCUUCGGAAGACUCUCUGGGUCUUGAGCUAGUCAAGAUCAUCCUCUUCACUAUUCCGUACGUGAUGGCGUCGUCUGCCACUGGUUUUGAAUCACACGCCUCUGCUCUCCUCGAGAAAACGGAUAUCAUUGCCUCAACUCCUCACACUUUGGUUGCUUUGGUCGACUCUUUCGCUCAGCCGGAAGAAGGUGGACAUGAACCGCAGACCAUCAUAAGUCUGCUGCAGAACCAGCUCCAGGAACAAUCUAAAAACGCCUGGGAACUCGCAUGUCUUCCCCGUCCCUGGAAGAUCGCGCUUGAAGGAGAAAGCGAUGGCCCCGAUCCUCUGCAGUCUGCAGCCAAGCAUGCUUUCCCUGAGAUCACUGUGCCGAAUCCAGUCAAGCCUGGCCCAAGGCCUAUCUUCCCCGAAAUCUACUUCUCUGUUUAUGACAGCCAGGAUCUUGUGACUGUCCCCACGAGAGCGGAUAUUGCGUCCACUCUUUUGAGAGAUGCACUGGUUGACACAAUCAAUAUCCUGGACUUCAAUCGCAUUGCGGUGGCCAAGUUCUUGAUCGAUAUUGAUUGCUACUUCACACCCCACAUCUUUGUCAAGCGUGCCACUCCGUUUGACAGAUUGCGCGAGGUCGCUGGAGACCGUACGACGUGGAAACCCGAAGAUGUGGCAGUCGAUGCUGUCUUCUCUCAGCUAUUCCAGCUUCCUAACCCAGAACAUAAGCUCGUCUACUACCACUCUGUUCUCACGGAGUGCUGCAAGGUUGCACCGGCUGCCAUUGCGCCCAGUCUGGGACGUGCUAUUCGCUAUAUGUAUCGUAACAUCGAGACGAUAGACUUGGAGUUAUGCCACCGCUUCCUUGAUUGGUUCGCUCAUCACCUGAGUAACUUUGGGUUCACAUGGAAGUGGACAGAAUGGAUUGACGAUCUUGACCUUCCUGCUGUCCAUCCCAAGAUGGCCUUUAUUAACGGCGCGCUUGACAAGGAGAUCCGUUUGAGUUUUGCGCAGCGUAUCAAGGGAACGCUCCCGGAACCUUACCAUUCACUUAUAACGGAAGGCAAGGAGAAGGAUACACCAGACUUCAAAUACGCAGUAGACACAACACCCUAUGCCAAGGAGGGCAGGGAACUUAUGCAGCUUAUCAGACAGAAGGCAUCCGAUGAGGAAAUACAGCCGGUCAUCGAGGCAAUUGAACAGCAGGCGAAAGAACACGGAGUGGAGGAUCCUAUGAUUCCUUCGACAGAUGCUUUCGUCACGUCGAUCUGCUUUGUCGGAGCCAAGUCUCUGUCUCACGUGCUCUCGUGCAUUGAACGCAACAAGGAACGCCUUCUUGCGAUUGGACCCCGAUCACCUAUUGCGCGUCGUCAGAUCAUCACCUCAGUUAUGGAAUACUGGGCCGACCAGCCCGGCAUUGCCAUCAACAUAGUCGACAAGCUCCUCAACUAUACCAUCUUGACUCCUUUAUCCGUCAUUGAGUGGGCGCUUCUUGACAGACUGGCCGCAGGCACGAUCCUUGCCCAGUGCCACAUCUACGAGGUGGUCGCUGCCACGAUUCGAAAGGUCACCAACCGCAUUCGCCAGAUCGUCAUCGCUCGUAUCCAGCCCGGCCUCUACGAGCCGCAGCUCAGCGUUGUGGACGAGACUUUGAACCGCGAAAAGGCCGAUAUGCAGACCUUGUUCAAGCUGCUGGAGGACUCGUUGGUCUCAGUCGCGGGCGGUAACAAUGACCAGCUCAUGGAGAGAGGCGAUGGAAGUGGCACCCUGCCAGAGGACGAGCUCAUUCGCCAGUGGGGCCGUCGGUGGUUGCGAGUAUUCAGACGAAAAGCAGCUGUCGAGGAAUCAUUCAUCUCUGAAGCCAUGGCUAACGCAAAGCCUCUCGGUACAACUGCGCCAGCUCCUACUGAGCCCGCCCCGGAGUCUAAAGAAGAGGAACUGCCCGACGCUGCAGCCGAUGGCACGGAUGAAAUCUCGUAGUUGAGCAUGGGACAUGGAAUGUGUUGGCCAUUAG